UCUGGUGUAGUUGACUGACUGACUAGUCAAACGGAAGUAGAUAGGAGUACACCAUCUCGCUCGCCACACUCUCUGGAGUCAGAAGUGAUUUUGGUUUCCUGGCAGCUAUGGUAGUAUGAUAAACAGCGCCCCUACGUGGACAAAAAGACCCAUAGCAUAACUGUCAGAAUUAAAUAUAUGAGUUUAUUCUGAAACUGCUACAAUGAGAUACUGACGACGGAUAUGUCACCGUGUGUAAUGAUAAGUAUUUCGGCUAUAGAUCCAUGUUUUGUCGUUAGCUGCAGAUAAUGUGAUGCUGUGUUGCUAACAGAGACAGCUCAUAGAUAGCUACUAGCUAGCUAGGUGACAGCAGCAGUAGCAUGGCGCGACUGCGUUGAGAAAGAAAACGCCAAAUCAUAUUCUUAUUUUAGAGUCCAGUCGAUGCAAGCUGCUCGAGCAGAACUUCACUAUAAUAGCUGUGGCCAAAACGAUGACCUCUGUGGCAGCGACGACAUCCUCUGAACCUCCGGGGAUGCACGCAGCAGCCAGCCGAGUUGUACGCUCUGGGAGCCCGCGGCAGAGGCUCCAGAAGCUGCUCGCCGUGCCCGGAUGCGACCCGAGCCGAGUUAACGACCUGCUGCUCCUCCGGCCUGAUACAGACGGUCAGACUGCUGCAGAACCCAAGGAGGAGAGCAGCAACGCGCAUGUUGUGUUUUUCCACGGGGAUAUUCAGGACUGCUUGGACAUGAAAGGGGAGAGAGAGAAGGGAAUGACAUGCAGGAAAGGGCUGCUGUGUCAAGAACUGAGCCUUUGUAUACAGUAUAGGGGCGCACGCUCUAUCAGAACUUUGAGGAGGAGAUGGCCCUGCAGCCAGAAGGAGCCCAGUGGCUCUCCUGGAGUCUGGAGCAGGUGGCCCUCACCCUGGGCCGACGCUUCCCUCACCAACAUGUUUGGGUGGUCCGAGCCUCCCGCAUGUAUCUCCACAAGUUCAGCUGCUACCAAAACUUUGUGGAGAGCAACAUGUUCGGGGCCCCGGAGCACUCGCCCUACUCACCUGACACUGGAGUGUUCCACCAACUCAGGUAGUGUACAGCGUGUUCUAAAGGCACCAGAUCCAACCACCCAAGGAGCGGGCCCAAAGCACGGUUAUCGCAGCGGCGCGACAACAGAGGAGCGGGAAUCCUCCAACCCGAGGGCCCUGCUGAGCCACGGCAUGGAGCGAGCCAACUUACCAAACCGCCUUCAGCCACAAGGAGGCGCCGACAGCGUCCCCCCAGGGUUUUCCCUGACCCUGGUGGGCUUCAGCAAAGGCUGCGUGGUGCUGAACCAGAUGGUGCACGAGCUGGCCGGCGCCCGCGCAGACCUGCAGAUGUCGCACUUUGUCAGCCGCGUCUCGGACAUUUACUGGCUGGACGGUGGGCACCCGGGGGGCAGCGAGACCUGGGUGACCAGCAAGCAGGCGUUAAAGGAACUGGCUUCCUGCGGAGUGUCGAUCCACGCCCACGUGACCCCGUACGAGGUGUGCGACCCGAUGCGGGCCUGGGUGGGCCGUGAGCACGGACACUUCAUUAAGACCCUGGAGGAGUUUGGGGCCUGUCCAAGAAAGAAGCUGCACUUUGAGGACGAGCCCCCCUCCAUCGAAAACCACUUCAGGGUCAUUCAGGAGUUUUGAGUUUGGUUUCGGUUGGUCCCAAGCACUUACCAUUGAGUGUCUCGUUCGCUGGUCUUACCUCAUGUGGUUUUUUUAAAUGAUUUAAGGGCUCAGACUUUAGAACAUGCUGAUGAUGUAAAAGAUGCUGGUGUGUUGCACGUCCUACUGCUAAAUGAACUUGUCCUGAGUUUGAUGACAAUCUUGAAGAUCUCGUUUUCGAUGCCGAUCGCAGGUGUGUUUUUGAAUCUCACUUUCACUAGUUUCGCUCUUUUCUUUCUUUCUUUGGCCAUAGUAACCGUUUACUCACAACGCCAGCAGAGACCGGGAAAAAAAAAAAAAAAACGCUGCUUUACACAAAAGUGAGUUGAAGGGUGAGUCUGUUGGGUUAAGCUCCGCCUACCGUCUCUGGACCAACCACUGCUGGCUGAUGGGAAACGUGUCUCUGACUGUGCGCCGCUUGUGAUUUUACCCGGGAAUGUCGCCACAGAUACGCCGUUCAUAAUACUGCAAACCCAAGGCCAUAGGCUCCGUCACCAUCGUGUUAUCUCUCAUUCAGCAAUAGAUAGUAACAGGCUUUUAUUUCAGUGGAAAUCUUCGAGAUUACUUUAUUCUAUGUUCGGCUGAAGCAGAACAGCUUAUUACAUUGUGUUUACAUGUGCACUACUUUAAGACAUCUGAAUGUCUGAUGCUGAAUUCUCGAUUGUUUUCAAAUGUUUGGCUAAUUUACUUGGUUAACAACAUAAAAAACCAACAAAAAAAAACGGGUCCUUUAUUUUGAUCCCAACAAAAUCUCACCUCAAGGUUAAUUUAAUAGCUGUUCCGGAGCUUUCGGUCAUAUCACAAGUUCUUUUUCAGCAAAUUGAGUUGAUUAGCUUUGAAUUUCAUCUGCUGAUGAAGAUCAUGUGGACCCUGAGGAGAGAUUUUGUCAUGCGCUGUUAAGAAUAUAACGUUGCUUUGACAUACCGGCCCAUUUCAUAACAUCAUUUUUAAAAUAUUAACUGAGCAUGUUAACUUUGGAGUAGUCCCUUUUGGUUGGCUCUUUUCCUCACGUUUUACAGUUUUAACACUAUAUCAAAUUACCUUUAUAGAUAAACAAUUGUUAUAACUAGACAAACUGUAAUGUUAUGAGACAAGGCACAUUUAAACUCUCGUGGUUUUUUUCCCCUCAUGGUGGCAGAAAUACUUUAUAUAUACUGAACUUUUUGUUUAUUGCAAUAUGUGAAAAAUACACAUGCCUGCUAGUUUUGUGCGAAUGUAUCAGCAUGUGUUAAUUUCUAUAUGAUGAACUCCAGUCUGUAUAUCUCUAUGUAAGCAUCUUUGCACUAUGCUGAUGGCUGCAACUCACUUUGCUGAAUGUAACUUUAAAUCAUUCCAUUAAGUUAACUUCUUGUAUGCUAUGCUGAUUAAAGAUGACUUGCCUAAU